CUCUUAAAUCCAGGUGACCCUCUUUCCGCAUCUCCACCAUAAUUGUAACUCGCGUGCGUUUCGACAUUGUCUUCCCCCUCUCGAUACUGGAUAUGAAAUUGUAAGAGGAGGAACAACGAAGUAUACUGAAAAUUCUGAGGAAUCACGGCGAACAAGAGCACCGCCGAGUCACCGGUCCCUCCCUGCCAAGGCAAUUUUUCGACACGCUUAGUGCCCGACGGUCCCGGUCUCUCUUCAUCAAACAAACGCGAAAAUACUACAAGCUUUAUCUACGGUCCACCUCAUCCGUCCCUCAGCGGUAUCGCGAUGAAAGUCUUCUCCACCACAAACGAGUUUGACUACUCGUGGGAGGAGGUUUCGACUGGAAACUGGCGGAAAUAUGGUCCAUGGAACGAGAAGACUCCGCAUGUGAUAGCCGUCGACACGCUCUCGCGAAGUGUAGAUCCGUCCACAGGCAUCUUACGGACGGAGCGACUGAUAACGUGCAAGCAAUCUGCGCCGAAAUGGCUGAAUACCUUCCUGGGCGGCCAGGAUACCUCCCUCGUUUACGAAACAUCAUACGUUGAUCCGAAGGCGAAGAAGGUUACUAUGUGUUCGAUGAACAUGACCUGGUCAGAACUACUGUCUGUACAAGAAACAGUCAUCUACAAGCCAUCCAUCUCUGCACCAAACACAAAAACACAACUUGAGCAAACAGCACGGAUCACCGCCCUUUGCGGCGGAUGGCAAAAAGUAAAGAACAGUAUCGAGCAAGUCACCGUUGAACGCUUCUCGCAGAAUGCAGCCAAGGGACGCGAAGGCUUCGAGAUGGUUCUGGAGAUGAGCAGGAAGGUCUUCGCUGAACAGCGAGAGCAGCGCCAACGACAACUGCGCAAAGAGAACACUGCGCAUAUGUAACAAAGCCUCACAGAACUAUGCUUGAUCUGGAAUUACGAUCUCCACUUCCACCACUCACCACCUACAAACCCGAUAUAGUCACAUCCUCUUUACCGACACGACAUCGUUGGAUUUUUCCCCGCGUUCUAGCGUUGUGUGAAUCUCAAAAGCAGCAUUAUUUUCAGGCGUUUAGAUUGUCAUGGCGAAGAGAAACAACAGGCAUUUCGGUUCACUCGUUCAUGGGAUACAAUUUUGCUAGAGGUUGCGGUUUUGGUUAAUUACACUGGUUACGAUACACCAUUAGACAUAGAACGAUACAGGCUUGUCAGUCCUGUAAUCAGAAUCCUUACCUCUCAUUCUGGGGGUGCUUUAUCUCCACUUCACACAGACAUCUUGCAGUCGCUUGUAACAACGAUUAGGGCAAGUAACGUGGUGAGUUGUACAUACUCGACGAAGAAAGCACAGUGUCAUGCAGCACGAGCC